GUACAAGGGCAGGAGUCAGAUCCUAAUCAGAUUGACCUGGGCAGAGGUGCCUCAGCAUGUCCUGCUAAACCCGGUCUUCUCCUUCAUCCUUUGGAAUCAUAGAGAGGUCUGGGGUUUUAAUGAUGGCUCUGGGGCACCUGCUCAGUCUCUUGCUCCUAGAGUGGGCAUUCAUUAGAUCCUGCUCAGAAUCAAUGGAAAAUGAAGAGGCGCUAUUCGAUUACUCAGCCACUCAUUGUAAUAGUCCUUGGACCACUGGACUGCCUGGGAGAGAUGGACGAGAUGGGAGAGAUGGACCCAAGGGAGAAAAGGGAGAUCCAGGUGAAGGGAUCAGAGGCCUCCAGGGAAUUCCAGGCAGGUUGGGGCCUCCAGGAGACCCAGGGCCACCAGGACCUCCAGGAAUCAAGGGCAUGAAAGGAGAACCAAGUGAAAGCUGUUCUAUAAGUGAUGGGCAACUGAAGGUGAUCUCAGACUUAAAAAUUCAACUCCUGAAGUUGAAAUCUGCUCUUGAGUUAUAUGGAAGUGCAGUUCAAGUGGGAGAAAAGUUUUUUGCCACCAGUGGCCUGGCUUCUGAUUUCCUCAAUGUUAAUGCCACUUGCCAGAAGAUAGGAGGCACUAUCGCCACUCCAAGGAAUGAAGAAGAGAAUGCUGCCAUCUUGAAGCUGGUAGCAAGGCACAACACAUAUGCCUUCCUUGGCCUCAGAGAGGGAAAAACACCAGGGAAGUUCUAUUACCUGGAUGGAUCCCCCGUGAACUACACCAACUGGUAUGAAGGCUCUCCAGAUGGGGGAGGAACUGAAAAUUGUGUGGAAAUGUACACAGAUGGUACAUGGAAUGAUAGAUAUUGCUACAAGAGUCGCCUUGCUGUCUGUGAGUUCUGAGCCCCCGUCAGAGCUGGUCCACUUGGAUGAAAGAAUGAAGGACUCACUGGUAAACUUGGGUGAAUCAUUUAGCUCAAGGGUUCAUGGCCCAAAGGGGGUAAAAAUCUUCUAUCUCUCAGAUAGGAGUCCAUGAGGAAGAGGUGUUAAUAAUUGCUAUUUGUAGCCCAUAAAACAAAAUAAAAACCAGUUCUGUUUCCUCGGCCAGGAAUGCCCAUCUGUCUCUACCCCUUUUCUCUCCCUACGCGUUUCCUAACCCAUCCUUCUAGGCCUAGCUAAAGUUCUGCCUCUCUUUCUCAUGUGGCCACAUAUGACUCUGUAAUUCUAUAAAAUGACAAAGUAGACUUCCA